UGCUGUUGCAUGUCAGGCUGGGACCAGCAGAUCUCAGCUUAGUCAUCUGAAGCUCCUCAGUGCUGGGACCCUGUGCUGUAACAAUGUCUAGGGACUGUGUGCUGGCUCCAUCGUCACUGGCACACUUGCCCCUUGGGAAGGAUUUUCUGUAGUUUAAAAGGACCGUGGUCCAGCAUGGACCUCACACAGCUUCUGUGACUUGAAACUGCACCUGGCAACUAGUCCACUGUCCUGAUGCCCAGACUACAAUAAAUUCACAAGAGCACAUGAAAAAGAAGCAAGGAUGGCUUAACCUGGUAAAUGCUGAAAUGUCUCCUGAGAUCUAAGUGGCUGCUAGCAGGGUUAUCCUAAAGUAACCUGUUGUAGCAUAGACAUCUACAAAAAAGAAAACAAUUGAAUAUUGACCAUGUCCUGGGUUGGACUAUAAUUCAUCUGAACAUUGUACUUCACCUUCACUAAUGUGAGCACAGGAGCACCAGGAAGAAAAGGAUUGGUCUAGAUAAACAGACAUGGGUGACUGGACUUUCCUUGGAGAAUUCUUAGAAGAGGUUCAGAAACAUUCCACAGUGGUGGGCAAAGUAUGGCUGACCAUACUGUUCAUCUUCCGCAUGCUGGUGUUGGGCACCGCAGCAGAGUCCUCAUGGGGGGAUGAGCAGUCUGAUUUCAUGUGUGACACCACUCAGCCUGGUUGUGAAAAUGUCUGCUAUGACAAAGCCUUUCCCAUCUCACAUAUCAGAUAUUGGGUCCUCCAGAUUAUAUUUGUCUCCACCCCAUCCUUACUUUACAUGGGACAUGCUAUGCACACAGUACGCAUGGAGGAAAAGAAGAAACACAAAGAAGAAGAGGCAAAAGCAAAGCAGAACAUCAACAGCGAUUCCUCUUAUCACCAACAAGACGUAGCAGUAGAAAAAGUAGAACUUCAAUACAGGGAUGAGCUGAGUGGGAGGAUCAGACUGCAGGGAAAUUUACUGUACACGUAUGUUUUUAGUGUUUUGAUUCGUACAGUGCUGGAAGUAGCUUUUAUAGUUGGACAGUACAUGCUGUAUGGGAUCUUUUUAGAUACCCUUUACACAUGCCACAGGCCUCCAUGCCCACAUCCAGUGAACUGUUAUGUUUCCAGACCAACAGAGAAAAAUGUUUUUAUAGUAUUUAUGCUGGCUGUGGCAGGCUUAUCACUCUUUCUAAGCCUUGUUGAACUCUACUACUUGAUAUGGAAAAAGAUAAAGGAAAAAAUGUCUUCUUCUUCACACAAUCCAAAGGCCCUCAGAGUAGCAACAAUAGAACCAGAACACAGAUCCCAAAGCUGCACUCCGCCUCCAGACUUUAACCAGUGUUUAAAUAGUACCAGUGAUAAAUUCAACAAUCCUUUUAGCAAUACGCUAGCUUCCCAGCAAAACACAGCCAAUUUUGCCACGGAAAGGGUUCAUAGUAAAGACGAUAUUGGAGAAGGUCAAUUCAUCCAUAUAAACUAUACACAAAGUGCUCCAGUGUCCAACAGCUCUACACCACACCUUGUUUCAAAUGGCUAUUGUCAUGGCAACCGUCGCUUAAGUAAGACUAGCCGUGCAAGCAGCAAAACUAGAUCAGAUGACUUAGCUGUUUGAUCAGCAUUAUAAGGACCUUUCUUAUUUAAUUAAAAGCAACUUUACCAGUAUAAACUGGCAUCUACAACAUUGUUCUAGGUCAGGGGUACCCAUAAAAUGGGAUGUACUUUUUUUGUGUGAUCUUCUUGUAUAAGUGCCAAACUUAUGGAAAUGUGAAUUCACAGGUAUUGUAUACGAUUUUAAUAAUCCUGUGCUAUAUGACAAGUUUACCCCUGCAAAGAAACUUUAUUUUCACUAGAUGUCAUUGUUGUGGUGCAAAAUGAUUAAAUCAUACAGCAAUCUUAUGACAUACUGGUUAACUCUUAGCAAUUUAAUGGUAGAUCAUAAUUAACCUUUUAUGAGCACCUGUUCUACCGAAAUAGUAUUAGGGACUAAAUUGUAAAUGUAAAUCCAAUUAAAUUCUGAACCUUGUGCCUUAAAAUCUUUUUUUCGAAAGCAAUGAAUGGACAAUGGUGUUUAAGUAGCAUUUAGGAAUUAAAAUAAUGACUAUA